AUGGAGGAUGCACGGUCCAUGUCCAUGUACCUGUACCUACUGACCCUGCCCCAUACCGACCCGGGGGAGGAAGAUGAAGUGGUCCUCCAGUGCAUCGCAAACAUUCACAAGGAGCAAAGGAAGUUCUGCUUGGCAGCUGAGGGCCUGGGAAACCGCCUGUGCUUCUUGGAACCCACAUCAGAAGCCAAGUAUGUUCCUCCAGAUCUCUGCGUCUGCAAUUUUGUGCUGGAACAGUCCCUCUCUGUGAGAGCCCUGCAGGAAAUGCUUGCCAACACAGGUGAAAAUGGCGGCGAAGGGGCAGCACAAGGGGGUGGCCACAGGACACUGCUGUAUGGCCACGCGAUUCUCCUGCGGCACUCCUUCAGCGGAAUGUAUCUAACAUGUUUGACCACAUCAAGAUCCCAGACAGAUAAACUCGCCUUUGAUGUAGGUCUACGGGAACAUGCAACAGGAGAAGCCUGUUGGUGGACCAUACAUCCUGCUUCCAAACAGAGAUCUGAGGGAGAGAAAGUUCGAAUUGGUGAUGACCUCAUCCUUGUCAGCGUGUCCUCUGAAAGAUACCUGCAUCUCUCCGUAUCCAAUGGGAACAUACAAGUGGAUGCCUCUUUUAUGCAAACACUCUGGAAUGUACAUCCCACAUGCUCAGGAAGUAGCAUCGAAGAAGGAUACCUACUCGGUGGGCAUGUUGUACGUCUCUUCCAUGGUCAUGAUGAGUGUUUGAUGAUACCAUCUACAGACCAGAAUGACUCCCAGCACCGGAGGAUAUUCUAUGAAGCGGGGGGAGCUGGAACUCGAGCCAGAUCUCUGUGGAGAGUGGAACCCCUUCGGAUAAGUUGGAGUGGCAGUAACAUCAGAUGGGGCCAGGCUUUCCGACUGCGGCACCUCACCACCGGCCACUACCUGGCCUUGACGGAAGACCAAGGCCUCAUACUGCAGGACCGGGCAAAGUCAGACACCAAGUCCACAGCCUUCUCUUUCCGGGCUUCCAAGGAAAUCAAGGAGAAAUUGGAUUCUAGUCACAAGCGAGAUAUAGAAGGCAUGGGAGUUCCAGAAAUCAAGUAUGGAGAUUCCAUCUGCUUUGUCCAGCAUAUAGCCAGUGGUCUGUGGGUGACCUACAAAGCACAAGAUGCCAAGACCUCCCGCCUUGGACCUCUGAAAAGAAAGGUCAUACUCCAUCAGGAAGGCCACAUGGAUGACGGGCUAACCCUGCAGAGAUGCCAGUGCGAGGAGUCCCAGGCUGCUCGGAUCAUCCGGAACACGACAGCCUUAUUCAGCCAGUUUGUAAGUGGAAACAACCGCGCAGCGGCCCCCGUCACCCUGCCGAUAGAAGAGGUCCUGCAGACCUUACAGGACCUGAUUGCCUACUUCCAGCCCCCAGAGGAGGAGAUGCAGCAUGAAGACAAACAGAACAAGCUCCGCUCACUUAAGAACAGACAGAAUCUUUUCAAGGAAGAAGGAAUGUUGGCCCUUGUGUUAAACUGCAUCGAUCGCUUAAAUAUCUACAACAGCGUGGCGCACUUUGCAGGAAUUGCAAGGGAGGAGAGCGGCGUGGCUUGGAAAGAGAUCCUGCACCUGCUCUACAAACUGCUGGCUGCGCUCAUUCGUGGAAACAGAAACAACUGCGCUCAAUUUUCUAAUAACCUUGAUUGGCUAAUCAGCAAAUUGGACAGACUAGAAUCUUCCUCAGGUAUCUUGGAAGUUUUGCACUGCAUUUUGAUUGAAAGCCCAGAAGCCUUAAAUCUUAUAGCAGAGGGCCACAUCAAGUCUAUCAUCUCCCUGUUGGAUAAGCAUGGGCGGAACCACAAGGUUCUGGAUGUGCUGUGCUCCCUCUGUCUCUGCAAUGGGGUCGCCGUGAGAGCCAACCAGAAUCUGAUUUGUGACAACCUGCUGCCCCGGAGAAACCUACUCCUGCAGACACGGCUGAUUAAUGAUGUGACAAGCAUUCGGCCAAACAUCUUCCUGGGAGUUGCUGAGGGCUCAGCACAGUACAAGAAGUGGUACUUCGAGCUCAUCAUCGACCAGGUGGACCCCUUCCUAACAGCCGAGCCCACACACCUGCGGGUGGGCUGGGCGUCUUCCUCAGGCUACGCUCCAUAUCCCGGAGGAGGAGAAGGAUGGGGAGGCAAUGGUGUUGGCGACGACCUGUAUUCCUAUGGCUUUGACGGUCUUCACCUUUGGUCAGGCCGCAUACCCAGAGUCGUGGCCUCCAUCAACCAGCACCUCCUGAGAUCAGACGACGUGGUAAGCUGCUGCCUCGACCUCGGAGUGCCCAGCAUCUCUUUCCGCAUCAACGGGCAGCCCGUGCAGGGAAUGUUUGAGAACUUCAACACAGACGGGCUCUUCUUCCCUGUGGUGAGCUUCUCCGCAGGUGUCAAAGUGCGUUUCCUGAUGGGUGGACGUCACGGAGAAUUUAAGUUCCUGCCUCCCUCUGGCUAUGCCCCUUGCUACGAAGCCUUACUUCCAAAAGAAAAAAUGAGACUGGAGCCUGUCAAAGCAUAUAAACGGGAUGCGGAAGGAGUGAGAGACCUGUUGGGCACCGCCCAGUUCCUCUCUCAGGCCUCUUUCAUCCCGUGCCCCAUAGACACCAGCCAGGUGGUUUUGCCACCUCACCUAGAGAAGAUCCGAGACAGACUGGCUGAAAACAUCCACGAACUUUGGGGCAUGAAUAAAAUAGAGCUUGGCUGGACUUUUGGCAAGACACGGGAUGACAAUAAAAGACAACACCCCUGUCUUGUGGAGUUUUCCAAGCUGCCUGAAACUGAGAAGAAUUAUAACCUACAAAUGUCAACCGAAACCUUAAAAACCCUUCUGGCCCUGGGGUGCCACAUUGCUCACGUUAAUCCAGCUGCUGGGGAGGAUCUCAAGAAGGUCAAGUUGCCUAAAAACUAUAUGAUGUCCAAUGGCUACAAGCCAGCCCCUUUGGAUUUGUCUGAUGUGAAGUUGUUACCUCCUCAAGAGAUUUUAGUGGAUAAGCUUGCAGAAAAUGCACAUAACGUUUGGGCCAAAGACAGAAUAAAACAAGGAUGGACGUAUGGCAUCCAACAGGAUUUGAAGAACAAAAGAAAUCCCCGGCUGGUGCCCUACGCAUUACUGGAUGAGCGUACAAAGAAGUCCAAUAGGGACAGCCUUCGUGAAGCUGUUCGCACAUUUGUGGGUUAUGGCUAUAACAUCGAGCCAUCAGACCAAGAACUAGCUGACCCAGCUGUGGAGAAAGUCAGCAUAGACAAGAUUCGAUUUUUCCGAGUAGAGCGGUCUUAUGCAGUGAGAUCGGGAAAGUGGUAUUUUGAGUUUGAAGUGGUGACCGGAGGAGACAUGCGCGUUGGCUGGGCCAGGCCAAACUGUCGGCCCGACAUUGAGCUAGGGGCUGAUGACCAAGCCUUCGUGUUUGAAGGCAGCAGGGGCCAGCGUUGGCAUCAAGGCAGUGGGUAUUUUGGACGUACGUGGCAGCCAGGAGAUGUAGUUGGAUGUAUGAUUAACCUUGAUGAUGCUUCAAUGAUCUUCACACUGAAUGGGGAGCUGCUGAUUACCAACAAAGGCUCUGAACUUGCCUUCGCUGAUUAUGAGAUUGAGAAUGGCUUUGUGCCCAUCUGCUCUCUGGGACUAUCUCAGAUUGGCCGCAUGAAUCUUGGGAUGGAUGCCAGUACCUUCAAGUUUUAUACCAUGUGUGGCCUCCAAGAGGGCUUCGAGCCGUUUGCUGUCAAUAUGAACCGAGAUGUUGCCAUGUGGUUCAGCAAGCGCCUGCCGACAUUUGUCAACGUGCCCAAGGAUCAUCCGCAUAUAGAGGUUGUGAGGAUCGAUGGCACUAUGGACAGCCCUCCAUGCCUCAAGGUGACCCACAAGACGUUCGGCACACAGAAUAGCAAUGCCAGCAUGAUCUACUGCCGCCUGAGCAUGCCCGUUGAGUGCCACUCCUCCUUCAGCCACAGCCCCUGUCUGGACAGUGAGGCUUUCCAGAAAAGGAAACAGAUGCAAGAAAUACUCUCUCAUACAACAACACAGUGCUACUACGCAAUCCGCAUCUUCGCUGGACAGGACCCCUCCUGCGUCUGGGUCGGAUGGGUGACUCCGGACUAUCACUUGUACAGUGAGAAGUUUGACCUGAGUAAAAACUGCACGGUGACUGUUACUCUAGGGGAUGAAAGAGGCCGGGUCCACGAAAGUGUGAAGCGCAGCAACUGCUACAUGGUGUGGGGCGGAGAUAUUGUGGCCACUUCCCAAAGAUCAAGCCGGAGCAACGUGGACCUGGAGAUCGGCUGCCUCGUGGAUCUGGCGAUGGGCAUGUUGUCUUUCUCAGCCAAUGGGAGAGAACUCGGCACCUGCUAUCAGGUGGAGCCUAAUACCAAAGUGUUUCCAGCAGUCUUCCUGCAGCCCACAAGCACUUCUCUGUUUCAAUUUGAACUUGGGAAGCUGAAGACAGAGCGGGUGAGCGAGCGCCACGGCUGGGUGGUGCAGUGCCUGGAACCCUUGCAGAUGAUGGCCCUCCACAUCCCUGAGGAGAACAGGUGUGUGGAUGUCCUGGAGCUCUGUGAGCAGGAGGACCUGAUGCAGUUCCAUUACCACACACUGCGGCUCUACAGUGCCGUGUGCGCCCUGGGAAACAGCCGUGUGGCCUACGCCCUCUGCGGCCACGUGGAUCUCUCCCAGCUCUUCUAUGCUAUUGACAACAAGUACCUCCCUGGCCUCAUUCGGUCUGGGUUCUAUGACCUGCUCAUCAGCAUCCACUUGGCCAAUGCUAAGGAGAGGAAGCUAAUGAUGAAGAAUGAGUACAUCAUCCCCAUCACCAGCACCACCAGGAAAAUCCGCCUGUACCCAGAUGAGUCCAAAAGGCACGGGCUGCCUGGGGUGGGCCUGAGAACGUGCCUCAAGCCAGGGUUCAGGUUCUCCACCCCUUGCUUUGUCAUGACCAGCGAGGAGCACCAGAAGCAGAGCCCUGAGAUCCCCUUGGAGAUUCUCAAGACAAAGGCACUGAGCAUGCUGACAGAGGCAGUGCAGCACAGCGGGGCUCACAUUCGGGAUCCUGUCGGUGGGUCUGUAGAGUUCCAGUUUGUGCCUGUGCUGAAACUCAUUGGGACCCUGCUGGUCAUGGGAGUCUUUGAUGACGAUGAUGUCCGGCAGAUCCUCCUCCUGAUCGAUCCCUCUGUGUUUGGGGAGCACAGUGGGGAGACAGAGAACAGAGCAGAGAAGGAGGAAGUGACUCAGGUGGAGGAGAAGGCAGUGGAAGCUGGAGAAAAGGCCAGCAAGGAGGCUCCAGCCAAAGGCUUGUUGCAGACCCGACUGCCAGAGUCCGUCAAGCUGCAGAUGUGUGAGCUCCUCAGCUAUCUCUGUGACUGUGAGCUGCAGCAUCGAGUGGAGGCCAUUGUGGCAUUUGGCGACAUUUAUGUCUCUAAGCUCCAGGCAAAUCAGAAGUUCCGCUACAAUGAGCUCAUGCAGGCCUUGAACAUGUCUGCAGCCCUGACUGCCCGGAAGACCAGGGAGUUCCGCUCACCGCCACAGGAGCAGAUCAACAUGCUUCUUAACUUUCAACUGGGAGAGAAUUGCCCCUGCCCAGAAGAGAUCCGAGAGGAGCUGUAUGACUUCCAUGAGGACCUUCUCAUUCACUGUGGUGUUCCCCUGGAGGAAGAAGAGGAGGAGGAGGAAGACACGUCCUGGGCUGGGAAGCUCCGUGCCUUGGUGUAUAAAAUCAAAGGCCCUCCCAAGCCUGAGAAAGAACAGCCAGCAGAGGAGGAAGAGAGAUGCCCUACAACCUUGAAGGAGCUCAUCUCUCAGACCAUGAUCCGCUGGGCCCAGGAGGACCAGAUCCAGGACGCCGAGUUGGUCCGGAUGAUGUUCACCCUCCUCCGGAGGCAGUACGACAGCAUCGGGGAGCUGCUGCAGGCGCUGCGGAAGACGUACACCAUCAGUCAGGCCUCCGUGAGCGACACCAUCACCCUGCUGGCCGCCCUGGGCCAGAUCCGCUGCCUGCUCAGUGUCAGGAUGGGCAAGGAAGAGGAGCUGCUCAUGAUCAACGGGCUGGGAGACAUUAUGAACAACAAGGUGUUCUACCAGCAUCCCAACCUCAUGCGAGUCCUUGGCAUGCACGAGACGGUGAUGGAGGUGAUGGUGAACGUGCUGGGGGCAGAGAAGUCUCAGAUUGCCUUUCCAAAAAUGGUUGCUAGCUGUUGCCGCUUCCUCUGCUAUUUCUGUCGAAUUAGCCGGCAAAAUCAGAAGGCCAUGUUUGAGCAUCUCAGUUACCUGUUGGAGAACAGCAGUGUUGGCCUAGCCUCCCCUUCAAUGAGGGGAUCUACACCGCUGGAUGUGGCAGCUUCCUCUGUGAUGGACAACAACGAGUUAGCACUGAGCUUAGAGGAACCAGACCUUGAGAAGGUGGUGACCUACUUGGCAGGCUGUGGCCUGCAGAGCUGCCCCAUGCUUCUAGCCAAAGGGUACCCUGAUGUCGGCUGGAACCCCAUUGAAGGGGAACGCUACCUGUCCUUCCUGAGGUUUGCCGUCUUUGUGAACAGUGAAAGUGUGGAAGAGAACGCCAGCGUGGUGGUCAAGCUGCUCAUCAGGCGCCCAGAGUGCUUCGGCCCAGCCUUGCGAGGUGAAGGAGGAAAUGGUCUGUUGGCAGCCAUGCAGGGAGCCAUUAAGAUCUCUGAGAACCCAGCUCUGGACCUCCCCUCUCAGGGAUAUAAGAGAGAAGUUAGCACGGAGGACGGUGAAGAUGAAGAAGAGAUUGUGCACAUGGGCAAUGCAAUUAUGUCUUUUUAUUCAGCCCUUAUAGAUCUCCUGGGCCGCUGUGCUCCUGAAAUGCACCUUAUCCAGACAGGAAAGGGGGAAGCCAUCCGGAUCAGGUCAAUCCUGCGCUCCCUGGUCCCCACCGAGGACCUGGUUGGGAUCAUCAGCAUCCCCUUAAAGCUGCCUUCCCUGAACAAAGAUGGGUCGGUCAGCGAGCCAGAUAUGGCAGCCAACUUCUGCCCUGACCACAAGGCACCCAUGGUGCUGUUCUUGGAUCGUGUUUAUGGCAUUAAGGACCAAACUUUUCUGCUCCACUUGCUGGAGGUUGGAUUUUUACCUGACUUAAGAGCCUCUGCCUCUCUAGAUACAGUUUCCCUAAGCACCACAGAGGCUGCGCUGGCACUAAAUAGGUAUCUCUGUUCUGCCGUGCUCCCGCUCCUCACAAGAUGCGCCCCUCUCUUUGCUGGAGCAGAACACUACACCUCUUUGAUCGAUUCUACACUACAGACAAUAUAUAGGCUUUCCAAGGGACGUUCCCUCACCAAAGCUCAGAGGGACACCAUAGAAGAAUGUUUGCUUGCCAUUUGCAACCACUUGAGGCCGUCAAUGUUACAGCAACUCUUGCGACGUCUGGUCUUUGAUGUACCGCAGCUCAACGAAUACUGCAAAAUGCCUCUUAAGCUUCUGACAAAUCACUAUGAACAGUGCUGGAAGUAUUACUGUCUGCCUUCAGGAUGGGGGAGCUACGGGCUAGCUGUGGAGGAGGAGUUGCACCUGACGGAGAAGCUCUUCUGGGGGAUUUUUGACUCCCUCUCCCACAAGAAGUAUGACCCAGACCUUUUCCGAAUGGCCCUUCCUUGUCUCAGUGCUAUCGCUGGGGCCCUGCCACCAGAUUAUUUGGACACCAGGAUCUCAGCCACGUUGGAGAAACAGAUCUCAGUGGAUGCAGAUGGCAACUUUGACCCCAAACCCAUCAACACCAUGAAUUUUUCCUUGCCUGAAAAAUGGGAGUACAUCGUCACCAAGUACGCAGAGCAUUCACAUGAUAAAUGGGCCUGUGACAAGAGUCAGAAUGGAUGGAAAUAUGGAAUUUCCCUGGAUGAAAAUGUGAAGACCCAUCCACUGAUAAGGCCUUUCAAGACAUUAACGGAAAAGGAGAAGGAAAUUUACCGCUGGCCUGCCAGAGAGUCCCUGAAAACCAUGCUGGCCGUGGGCUGGUCUGUGGAGAGGACCAAAGAGGGAGAGGCCCUGGUCCAACAGCGGGAAAACGAGAAGCUUCGGAGCGUGUCCCAGGCCAGCCAGGGCAACAGCUACAGUCCAGCGCCCCUGGACCUCUCCAACGUGGUGCUCUCCAGGGAGCUCCAGGGAAUGGUGGAGGUUGUGGCCGAGAACUAUCACAACAUCUGGGCCAAGAAGAAGAAGCUGGAACUGGAGAGCAAAGGAGGCGGCAGUCACCCUCUGCUAGUACCAUACGACACGUUGACAGCCAAGGAGAAGUUCCGGGACCGAGAAAAGGCACAGGACCUGUUUAAAUUCCUCCAGGUGAACGGCAUCGUGGUUUCUAGAGGUAUGAAGGACAUGGAGCUGGAUGCCUCCUCCAUGGAAAAGAGGUUUGCCUAUAAAUUUUUGAAGAAGAUCCUGAAAUAUGUUGAUUCCGCCCAAGAGUUCAUUGCCCAUUUGGAAGCCAUUGUCAGCAGUGGGAAAACUGAAAAGUCUCCCCAUGACCAGGAGAUCAAAUUCUUUGCCAAAGUUCUCCUCCCACUGGUUGACCAGUACUUCACCAAUCACCGCCUCUACUUCCUGUCAUCGCCUCUGAAGCCCCUCAGCAGCAGUGGCUAUGCCUCCCAUAAGGAGAAAGAAAUGGUGGCCAGCCUAUUCUGCAAACUCGCUGCGCUGGUGCGACACAGGAUUUCCCUCUUUGGGAGCGACUCUACGACAAUGGUGAGCUGUCUUCACAUCUUAGCUCAGACACUUGACACAAGGACUGUCAUGAAGUCAGGCUCAGAGCUGGUGAAGGCUGGGUUACGAGCUUUCUUUGAAAAUGCGGCGGAAGACUUAGAGAAGACUUCGGAAAACCUGAAGCUCGGGAAGUUUACGCAUUCCAGAACACAGAUUAAAGGCGUGUCCCAGAAUAUUAACUAUACCACGGUGGCUCUGCUCCCCAUCCUGACGUCCAUCUUUGAGCACGUUGCUCAGCAUCAGUUCGGGGUGGAUUUACUCUUAGGAGAUGUGCAGAUUUCAUGCUACCACAUCCUCUGCAGCCUCUACUCCCUUGGGACCGGAAAGAACAUCUACGUUGAAAGGCAACGUCCUGCCCUUGGAGAAUGUCUGGCCUCACUGGCAGCCGCCAUUCCCGUGGCAUUCUUGGAGCCCAGUCUUAACCGCUACAAUCCACUCUCAGUCUUCAACACUAAAACCCCCAGAGAGAGGUCUAUUCUGGGGAUGCCAGACACAGUGGAAGAGAUGUGUCCUGACAUCCCUCAGCUGGAAGGCCUGAUGAAGGAAAUCAGCGACCUGGCCGAGUCUGGGGCCCGGUACACGGAGAUGCCCCAUGUCAUCGAGGUGAUCUUGCCCAUGCUCUGCAACUACCUGUCCUACUGGUGGGAGCGGGGGCCGGAGCACCUGCCCCCCAGCACAGGGCCCUGGUGCACCAAGGUCACCUCCGAACACCUCAGUGUCAUCCUGGGAAACAUUCUGAAAAUCAUCAACAACAACCUGGGCAUCGACGAGGCAUCCUGGAUGAAGCGCAUCGCAGUGUAUGCCCAGCCUAUCAUCAGCAAAGCCAGGCCCGACUUGCUGAAAAGCCACUUCAUCCCGACAUUGGAGAAGCUGAAGAAAAAGGCUGUCAAGACUGUGCAAGAGGAGGAGCAGCUGAAGGCUGACACCAAAGGAGACACUCAGGAGGCGGAGCUCCUCAUCCUGGAUGAGUUUGCUGUCCUCUGCAGAGACCUCUAUGCCUUCUACCCCAUGCUCAUCCGCUACGUGGACAACAACAGAUCGAACUGGCUCAAAAGUCCCGAUGCCGAUUCUGACCAGCUCUUCCGCAUGGUGGCAGAGGUCUUCAUCCUGUGGUGCAAAUCUCAUAACUUCAAGAGGGAAGAGCAAAAUUUUGUGAUUCAGAAUGAAAUUAAUAAUUUGGCAUUUUUAACUGGAGACAGCAAGAGCAAGAUGUCGAAAGCCAUGCAAGUAAAGUCUGGAGGACAGGACCAGGAACGGAAGAAAACCAAGCGGAGGGGAGAUUUGUACUCCAUCCAGACAUCUCUCAUCGUGGCUGCGCUCAAGAAAAUGCUGCCCAUUGGUUUGAAUAUGUGCACGCCAGGCGAUCAGGAGCUGAUCUCCCUUGCAAAAUCACGAUACGGCUUUUCGGGUGACCCAGCAGUAAAGUGGCAGCUGAACCUCUACAAAGAUGUCUUGAAAAAUGAAGAACCUUCCAAUCCAGAAAAGAUCGUAGAGCGCGUACAGAGGAUUUCCGCAGCUGUCUUCCACCUGGAGCAGGUGGAACAGCCUUUGCGGUCCAAGAAGGCAGUAUGGCACAAACUGUUAUCAAAGCAGAGGAAACGGGCGGUGGUGGCCUGUUUCCGGAUGGCCCCUCUGUACAACCUGCCCAGGCACCGCUCCAUUAACCUCUUCCUCCAUGGCUAUCAGAGAUUUUGGAUAGAAACAGAGGAGUAUUCCUUUGAAGAGAAACUAGUACAGGAUUUGGCUAAAUGCCCCAAGGUGGAAGAAGAGGAGGAGGAGGAGACGGAGAAGCGCCCAGACCCACUGCAUCAGAUCGUUCUCCAUUUUAGCCGCAAUGCUCUCACGGAGAGGAGCAAAUUGGAAGAUGACCCCUUGUACACCUCCUAUUCCAGCAUGAUGGCCAAGAGUUGUCAGAGUGGAGAGGAUGAAGAAGAGGAGGAAGACAAGGAAAAGACAUUUGAAGAGAAAGAAAUGGAAAAGCAGAAAACCCUCUAUCAACAAGCUCGGCUGCACGAGCGUGGAGCCGCAGAGAUGGUCCUCCAGAUGAUAAGUGCCAGCAAAGGUGAGAUGAGCCCCAUGGUGGUUGAGACUCUGAAGCUGGGGAUCGCCAUUCUGAAUGGGGGCAACGCUGGCGUGCAACAGAAAAUGCUGGAUUACCUAAAGGAGAAAAAGGAUGCUGGAUUCUUUCAAAGCCUCUCUGGUCUCAUGCAGUCUUGCAGCGUCCUUGAUUUGAAUGCAUUUGAAAGGCAAAAUAAAGCGGAAGGCUUGGGGAUGGUUACUGAGGAAGGAACACUCAUUGUUCGUGAGCGUGGUGAAAAAGUACUCCAGAAUGAUGAGUUUACACGAGAUCUCUUUAGAUUCCUGCAGUUACUUUGUGAAGGACAUAACAGUGACUUCCAGAACUUUCUGCGGACUCAGAUGGGCAAUACCACCACGGUAAACGUCAUCAUCAGUACUGUGGACUACCUCCUGCGUCUGCAGGAAUCAAUCAGUGAUUUCUACUGGUAUUAUUCAGGGAAGGACAUCAUUGAUGAAUCUGGACAGCACAAUUUUUCCAAAGCUCUGGCAGUCACGAAGCAGAUUUUCAAUUCUCUUACAGAAUACAUCCAGGGCCCUUGCAUUGGGAACCAACAGAGCCUGGCUCACAGCAGGCUGUGGGAUGCGGUGGUCGGCUUCCUCCAUGUAUUUGCUAACAUGCAGAUGAAACUCUCUCAGGAUUCCAGUCAGAUCGAGCUGCUGAAGGAACUCUUGGAUCUCCUUCAGGACAUGGUGGUGAUGCUUCUGUCCCUCCUGGAAGGGAAUGUGGUAAAUGGAACUAUUGGCAAGCAGAUGGUUGACACACUGGUAGAGUCAUCUACCAAUGUAGAAAUGAUCUUGAAAUUCUUUGACAUGUUCUUGAAACUCAAAGACCUAACCAGCUCAGACACCUUCAAAGAAUAUGACCCAGAUGGUAAAGGGAUUAUCUCCAAAAAAGAAUUCCAGAAGGCCAUGGAAGGGCAAAAACAGUACACACAGUCAGAGAUUGACUUUCUCCUUUCGUGUGCAGAAGCUGAUGAGAAUGAUAUGUUUAAUUACAUUGAUUUUGUAGACCGGUUUCAUGAGCCAGCCAAGGACAUAGGGUUUAAUGUGGCAGUGUUAUUGACCAAUCUCUCCGAACACAUGCCAAAUGAUUCUCGCCUUAAGUGUCUAUUGGACCCAGCAGAAAGUGUACUAAAUUACUUCGAACCCUACUUAGGACGUAUUGAGAUCAUGGGUGGGGCCAAGAAAAUUGAGCGUGUUUAUUUUGAGAUCAGUGAGUCCAGUCGAACCCAAUGGGAGAAGCCUCAAGUGAAGGAAUCUAAGCGGCAGUUCAUCUUUGAUGUGGUCAACGAAGGUGGAGAGCAAGAAAAGAUGGAACUGUUUGUGAACUUCUGUGAGGAUACCAUCUUUGAAAUGCAGUUAGCAUCUCAGAUCUCUGAAUCUGACUCCGCUGACAGGCCAGAAGAGGAGGAGGAGGAAGAUGAAGAUUCUUCUUACACAUUAGAAAUUGAGGGCGAAGAGGAGGAUGACACGUCUUUUGAGUCUGCCUCUGCGUUUGCCGUGGCCUGUGCCUCAGUGAAGAGAAACGUUGCAAACUUUCUGAAGAAGGCAACCCUGAAGAACCUCAGGAAGCAGUACAGGAAGGUGAAAAAGAUGACCGUGAAGGAGCUGGUGAAGGUGUUCUUCUCUUUCUUCUGGAUGUUGUUUGUGGGGCUAUUCCAGUUGUUCUUCACCAUAUUGGGAGGAAUCUUUCAAAUCCUCUGGAACACGGUGUUUGGAGGGGGCCUAGUGGAAGGGGCAAAGAACAUCAGAGUGACCAAGAUCCUGGGUGACAUGCCUGACCCCACCCAGUUUGGUAUCCAUGAUGAUACUAUGGAUGCUGAGCGGGCGGAGGUGACUGAGGCAGGUAUUACACCAGAACUCGUCCACUUCGUCAGGGGUGAGAGAGGAGAUGCAGAUCUUAUGUCAGAUCUCUUUGGAUUCCGCUCAAAGAAAGAAGGUGGCUCAAAGCAUGGGCCUGAAGUGGGCUUGGGUGACCUCUCAGAGAUUAUUGGCAAGGAUGAACCUCCUACACUAGAGAGUACUGUACGGAAGAAAAGGAAGGCACAGGCAGCAGAGAUGAAAGCUGCACAUGAAGCAGAAGGAAGAGUGGAGCCUGAGAAGACAGACAUGGAAGAUGGGGAGAAGGAGGGUACGGCCAAAGAGGAAGAGCAAGCCGAUGCCCUGUGGAUAGAAGGGACAAAGAAGAAGAAGAGGCAACGGGGCCAGAAAGUUGAGAAGCCUGAAGCCUUCAUGGCUAAUUUCUUCAAAAGACUGGAAAUCUAUCAGACCAGGUUACUGCAUUACCUGGCCAGGAAUUUCUACAACCUGAGGUUCCUCGCUCUGUUUGUAGCCUUCGCUAUCAACUUCAUCCUGCUCUUUUACAAGGUCACUGAAGAACCUUUAGAAGAAGAGACAGAAGACGUUGCAAACCUGUGGAAUUCCUUUAAUGAUGAGGAAGAGGAAGAAGCGAUGGUGUUCUUUGUCCUACAGGAAAGCACUGGGUACAUGGCACCAGCACUGCGGGCCUUGGCCAUCAUCCACACUGUCAUCUCGUUAGUCUGUGUGGUGGGCUAUUACUGCCUGAAGGUCCCUUUGGUGGUAUUCAAAAGAGAAAAAGAAAUUGCUAGGAAGCUGGAGUUUGAUGGCCUGUAUAUCACUGAACAGCCAUCUGAAGAUGACAUUAAGGGGCAGUGGGACCGCUUGGUAAUCAACACACCAUCUUUUCCUAAUAACUACUGGGACAAAUUCGUAAAGAGAAAGGUGAUCAACAAGUAUGGUGAUCUCUAUGGAGCGGAACGCAUUGCUGAACUCCUGGGUUUGGACAAAAAUUCCCUUGAUUUCAGCCCAGUAGAAGAAAGCAAAGCAGAGGCGGCCUCUCUGGUGUCAUGGCUGAGUUCCAUCGACAUGAAGUACCAUGUCUGGAAGCUGGGAGUUGUUUUUACUGAUAAUUCCUUUCUCUACCUUGCCUGGUAUACAACCAUGUCAAUCCUGGGCCACUACAACAACUUCUUCUUUGCUGCCCAUCUGCUAGACAUUGCCAUGGGCUUCAAGACUCUGAGGACCAUUUUGUCAUCAGUAACUCACAACGGCAAACAGCUGGUUCUGACUGUGGGUCUCUUGGCUGUGGUGGUUUACCUCUACACCGUGGUGGCCUUCAACUUUUUCCGCAAGUUCUACAACAAAAGCGAAGACGAUGACGAGCCCGAUAUGAAGUGUGACGACAUGAUGACGUGUUACCUAUUCCACAUGUACGUGGGCGUGCGAGCAGGAGGCGGCAUUGGCGAUGAAAUUGAAGACCCUGCUGGUGAUCCCUAUGAGAUGUACCGCAUUGUCUUUGACAUCACCUUCUUCUUCUUUGUCAUUGUCAUCUUGCUGGCCAUCAUUCAAGGUCUUAUUAUUGAUGCUUUUGGAGAGCUAAGGGAUCAGCAGGAACAGGUGCGAGAAGAUAUGGAGACUAAAUGUUUCAUCUGCGGGAUUGGCAAUGACUACUUUGACACGACCCCUCAUGGUUUUGAAACACAUACCUUACAGGAGCACAACUUAGCCAACUACUUGUUCUUCCUGAUGUAUCUGAUUAACAAAGAUGAAACAGAACACACGGGUCAGGAAUCUUAUGUCUGGAAAAUGUACCAAGAAAGGUGUUGGGAUUUCUUCCCGGCUGGUGACUGCUUUCGGAAACAAUAUGAAGAUCAGCUUGGAUAAAUCUGAGAGAAACUCCACAAUUCUGGACGGUCAACUUCAGUGAAAUAAAUCCUUUUACAGUUCUGCAAAAUAUUUGAAAUGUGACAUAUUCUAAAUGCCUCCCUUACGAGAAAGUCUUUGUUAAAAAUAUGUGAGACCUUGGAAUUGAUUUGGCUUUUUGUGCCUAAUGGACAUAGCCCUGUGGGAGACAACCUCUCAAAAUGUUAAAAGAUGGCAAAGAAUCAAGGAAACUAUAGUUGAAUACCUUCAAGAUUUUCGGUUGUAAUGAAACUAGUUUGUCACAAUGGCAGUCAUUGAGGAAAGGACUAGAAAUAUGAAAUCUUCGAUGCACAAUACCUGAAAUUUCACACACUUGGAUGUCAUGUGACAGUAUCCACUAGUGACUCAUGAUCUGAACUACAGAAAAACAUCAUUUUAACUGCAGAUUUCUCCCAUGGUACUUGCUAGUGAAUGUAUUCAGAAUCAGCUUGAAAAGCUUUAAGCAGUUAAAUAGAAAAAAAAAAAACACUUUGUCGACACUGAAAUAUCGAUUAAGUGCCUUAAAAAUCUCUUUAGAUAUAGCUAUGCAAAUUUUUUAUGUUUAUGUUCUGGACGGACACAGUUCCUUAAUUAGUUGUGUUGAUCUUCUGUCUUUACGAAACUGCACUUGAAGGUUAUUCAUAUAAUUUUUUUUUUCAGUAACAGCUUGUCAACUGCUGUUAUUAGAAGUACUGUACUGAAAAUUCAGAAAAAGUUCAAUCUUAUGCCAAACUGAGUACUGCUUUCUGGUCUCCUUGUAAGUAGUGGAGCUGCUGUGUUUAGGUGAAUCUCCUUACAUAAAGGAAGUGCCCACUGCAAUAAAGUAAUACACACCA